AAGGCGACAACCGCUUCCCGUGCCCGCCUGUCCCCGCGCGGCGAGAAUCCCCACGACGCCCCACCCCAGCAUCAGGCAAAUAGAUGGCCGCUUCAUCCAGAUCCAGGCCGCUCCCCAAGCCCUCCUCCCCCUCCCACCUCGACCUCCUCGACCUCGCCUCCUCCUGGUGCUGCACGCCCCACGGUCUUGGCGGCCACGCCCCUUCCUCCUCCGCCUCUUCCCCCGCCCGCGCCGGCGGCGACCCCAUCCCCAUGGACCCCCCGCCGCAGCCGCCCGCCAGCUCCUCCUACGCCACUCCGCCCCCCUACCCUCCGUCCUACCCCUCCAGCUACACCAAGUUCAACUCCGCGCUCAACGCAGGGCUCCUCAACCCCAUGUCCCCGCCGCCGCUGCCGCUCGACAAGACGCGCUCCAGCCCCACCCUCUUCGACAUGAUGGCCAACGAGCAGGACUACCACCCCCGCACCGCCGCAGCCAUCCAUUCCAUCCCGGCCCCACCCCAGCCGCACCACCCCCUGCAGCCCGUGCGCUCCAUGGACAGGCAGAUGCUGCUCCAGGACCGCAUCGCUGAGCUCAUCGGCAGCUGCAGCCCUGGAAACCAGUUCAACGACGCUGACUCCUCCGACGUUCGCCUCACCCUCAGCUCCAAGGACGGUCUCUCCAUCACGCUCUGCGUCCACCGCCACAUACUCGUCGCGCACAGCAGGUUCUUCGCCGCCAAGCUGUCCGACCGGUGGUCCAAGCAGCAGCGGACGCUGCCCCACAUCGUCGAGAUCUCAGACUGCGACGACGUCGAGGUGUACGCCGAGACGCUGCGGCUCAUGUACUGCAAAGAUCUUCGCCGGAGGCUCAUGCGGGAGGAUGUCAACAAGGUUCUUGGCAUUCUAAAGGUCUCAGCGGCCAUCGUGUUCGAUGCAGGGGUGCUAUCUUGCUUGGAGUAUCUGGAGGCAGCCCCGUGGGCGGAGGAUGAUGAUGAGAAAGUGGCGGCAUUGUUGACAGAGCUGCGCCUCGAGAACUCAGGGGCCGGGGAUGUGCUUAAGAGGGUCUCAUUGGAGUUGGCACCUUCGGCAGUGGUUGAAGAGGCAGAAGUGGGAGGGAGUUGCAAUGGUGGUGGAAAUGCCGGUGGUGGUGAGGAGGUGUUGCUAAGGCUCCUGCAGGUUGUCCUGGAAGGGAAGGACGAAAAGGCGAGGAGGGAGAUGAAGGGGCUAGUGUCCAAAAUGCUCAGGGAGAACAGCACAUCCCGUGGCGGAGCAAUUGGUGGCGACCUCCGCAAGGAGUCACUCUAUUCAGCAUGCAAUGGGUGCUUGUCAUUGCUGCGUGAGCAAUUUGAGAGGGCUGCAGGGGGUCAUCAAUCAGAGGUGGCACAGAUUGCCAGGCCGGCUGACAAUCUGCAUUGGAUGCUCGACAUCCUUGUUGAGCGCCAGAUUGCCGAGGAGUUUUUGAGGAUAUGGGCAAUGCAGACCGAGUUAGCGGAGAUGCAUCGUAAAGUGCCAGCAAUACACCGGUAUGAAGUGAGCCGAGUGACUGCAAGGCUCUUUGUCGGGGUUGGCAAGGGACAGAUCUUGGUGUCAAAGGAGGCUCGUUGCCAGCUCUUGAGCACUUGGCUCGAGCCCUUUUAUGAGGACUUUGGAUGGAUGCGGCGAGCAUGCAAGGGGCUUGACCGGCAUUUGAUCGAGGACGGGCUGGCAAACACGAUCCUGACAUUGCCACUUCCUAUGCAGCAGGAGAUCCUUCUCGCAUGGUUUAAUCGGUUCCUCAAUUCCGGGGAGGACUGUCCGAACAUUCAGAGAGGCUUUGAAGUGUGGUGGCGGCGUGCCUUCUGGAAAAGGAAUGCUGAACCAGAGCAACCACCCCGUUUGAGGAUCACAGCAAUCUGUGAGAACUCUUGAAGAUUUUGAUUCAAAUUUGACACAGAAGGUGGUGAAUGUUGUGAUAUAAAGAUCGAUCUUAUGUGAUCUGUAGUUGUGUCUAACUGUUCCUCUGAGUUCCUUGCUGUAUUUGAUUUUAGGCAAUUAGCCAAUUACACGUGCUAUCUUAAUCUUGUGCAAUGUAUACCAGAUCCAAUGUACCACUAUGCUGCAUCCAUUUUGAAUCGAGGUGAAGUAGAGUGAUUAUUUGCCACCUAUUGUAAGCAACAAAGGCAGGAUUCAAACACUUUUGAAGUCGAAA